CGCGGAUCUCCGAGAGAGCAAACUUCCUCUCUUUCCUUCUGUCCUCUUUCCUUCUUUUCUCUUUCUUUCUCUUUUUUUUCGCUUCUUAUCUUCUCCCUUUGCGUCUCGGUUGUGCAGCUGGUGUCUCGCCCAGCUUUUCUCUUUCGUCUUCGCUCCUUUCUUCGAGUCCUACUUCUUCUCUCUUCCAUCCACGGUGCAGGCGUCGUCCCUUCUUUCCACGCUCAUCUUUCUUCUUGCCUCAAAAGUCUCCUCUUCCUCAUCGUCCGGUUCUUCUCUCCUCUCUUUUCUUCUCUCUUCUCUCCUCCCUUUUCUUCUCUCUUCUUACCAUGGCGAAUAGUCCUGGGGGUCGUCCUUCUUCCUCUUCUUCAUCUUCCUCUUCUUCCUCUUCCUCUUCUUCAUCUUCUUCUUCAUCUUCCUCUUCUUCUUCCUCUUCUUCUUCCUCUUCUUCUUCGUUUGCGACUCAGAAGGGAGAUGCAGGGCGACUCUUGCGUUCCUCAGGGGAGCGGCGGAGAGCAGAGCCGCAUGCGUGGGGUCACCAAGUGAGGAACGACUUUCUGAAAGGUCUGCAGAAAGUUCAGGAAAACCGGACGAACCGCGCAAAAGGCCUGACGCGAGACACGAGGGCGACUACGGAGAACGUCCUCGACAACCGUACCUGCAGACUGAUCGAAAAACUCAUGAAGCGCAACGCGCUGACUUCUGUAUGCGGCACAAUCAGCACCGGCAAAGAGGCGAACGUCUACUUCGUCGCUGGACCUGAGGAGCUGAAGGCAGAAACAGGCGCGGCCGAGGAGCGAGACGCAACAGAUGGAAAAGGAAGAGGAAACGAAGGCGGAGGCAGAGACCGCUGCGCAGACGAAGAAAACGCGGUCGGUGAAGCCAAAAGCGAAUCCCGCGAAGGCAGGGGAGAAGGUGACGCUGGAAGUCAAGCGGAGGGAAGGCGCGAAGCAGAGGCAACUCUCAGCUGGAGGCCGUUCGUUCUCAAGGUCUACCGAACCUCGAUUCUGGCUUUCCAAGACAGAAGUCAAUACGUCCAGGGCGACCAUCGAUUCGAACGCGCAUACACACGCUGUCGCAAUCCGCGGAAAAUGGUGGUGAACUGGGUGAUGAAGGAAUUUCGGAACUUGCUCCGACUCCACGCAGCGGGCGUUCCCUGUCCACGCCCGGUUGAUGUCUCGGCGCAUGUCCUUCUGAUGACAUUCGUCGGAUUCGCUGCCGAUGCGGUUCCGGCCGAGGCCGCGCAGGCUGUCUGCAGAGCGCGAGGCACUCCCGAACCGCGACCGCGUUCUGCGACAGAGACGGAGACAGGCGAGAGCACCGCGCCAUUUGCCUCGCAGGCGAAUCUUCCAGACGACGAGGCGCUCGAACUGCGGAGAGAGACUGGCUUCGCCAUCGCAUCCCAAGAAGACGAUGCUGCGCCUCUCCGCUAUGCUGCUGCGCCCCGGUUAAAAGAUCUCCACUCUGCUUUCUGCUGCUCAGCUGCUGCCAGCGCCUCUCUGCAAGCCUGGGAGGCGCUCUACGUCCAAGCUGUGACUCUGCUGCGGUGGCUCUUCCAGGAGUGCCGAGUCGUCCACGGAGAUUUGUCGGAGUACAACUUGCUGUCGCACGCAGCGGGCCUGUUUGUGAUCGAUGUUGGGCAAGCUGUGAACUUCGACCAUCCCCAGGCGCUGGACUUCCUGAAGCGCGACUGUCGAAAUGUGCAUCGCUUCUUCAAGCAGCAGAUCGUCCAGAUUCGCGAGAAGAAGGCGAGGCGAGAGCGCGAGGCGGCUGCGCAAGCAGAGAAACUCGCGGCUCGGGGAACUGCCGGGGAGACGGGGAAAACGCGAGAAGAAGCAGAGGUGCCGACUUGCGAGUGUCUGUACGCGAGAACGGCGAGGGCAAGAAGACCAGAAAACGAGGAGGCGAGGCAGACGAACGCCACCGACGAGUUCGCCGCGCAGCAUGAACGCGUCAGGGAUGGACGCAUCGAGGCGGAAGCGCUCACGUACACCUGGAGAACGCCGAGAGAGCAGAAAAAAGAAGACGGAUCGUUCUCUCCCCACAGCACUCAGAAAGCGCUCUUCCCCCCUCUGCCUUCGCCACCGUACGCAGAUUCUCGCGAAGAAAGCAAAGGCAUUUCCUUGUUUUCUCUGCGUCGCCUCUUCGAGUUCGUCGUCAACCCCAACCUACCUGACCAGCUCGACGAGGUGUACAGACAUCUGACGGCGCGAGACCGCCUGAGAAGAGAAGACAUGAACGACGAAAUGCGAGACGAAAUGCGAGACGAGAUGCGAGAUGAGAUGAGAGACGAAAUCCGAGACAAAACGCAAGGGGAGAGUUGUGAGAACGCCCGCAGGAAAGCGAGCACAGAAGUCCAGAGGGGAGACGCGAUUUCGCGUUCAGCGGCUGACGCGCCUGUGAGCGGCGAAACACAGAACGGCAAGCAGUCGCCUGCACCUCGAGGCGGCGGCAAACUGCAUGCGCCUUCUUCCUCUUACCGGGCCUCUGCAGCUCUGGCGAGAACGACGCAUGCGUCGCAGCAGCGCCAGUUGGUUCUUCUCGCCGAGGCGGUUGGCCGCUUCCUGCAGGCGGAAGAGGAGACGAAGCUCGUCGAGGCAGAGGAGGAAGAGGAAGAGGACGCAGAGAGCGCACAGGAAGAGCAGGGCGAGAGGGGAGACAGCAGCGAGGAGGGGGGGGACGAGGCGCAGUUCGCCGGAUCUGACGAAGACGAGGUUUUCAUGAAAACAUGGAUUCCGAGUCACCUCGCACAGGUGUGUGACCGGCGCCUGCUCGACAGCCUUCUUGCUCAAGCGUCUCGACAGGCCGCGAAGUCGAAGCGGGAGGAAGGCGACGGAGAUUCGGCGCUGAAUAGACUUCUGGAAAUGCACGCGAUGCUACUCGGCACCACGCAGGAACGCGAAGGCGCGGAGAGGACGUCCGCGAACGCCGGUGCAACGGAGGGCACAGCCGCCUGCGAAAAACACCGCGCGAAGAAAUUUGGGAACAGUGCGACCAGGGGAUGUCCGACACACGCAACAGAAGAGAGUGAGGAUAAUGCAUCAGAAGACGAAGAAGAAGAAGACGAAGAAGACGAAGACGAAGAAGAGGAAGAAGAAGAGGAAGAAGAAGAGGAGGAAGGAGAAAGGAAGAGACGACAGGGUAAUGCGUCUCGAAAGGGGAAGGGGAAGAGAGAGACAGAGAGUCCUUCGGAUGCAGACCGUUCGGAGGAAGGCGAGGAGGGGGAGAAGGACGACGUUUUCAGGGGCAUCAUUCCAGAAGGGAUCGACAAAAAAACUUGGAAGAAAAUGGUCAAGGAGCAAAACCGGGAAAGGCGCAAGUACAAGAUCGCCAAACACCUCAAAAAGAAGUACAGGUCCAAGGCAGCAAAUCGAUAAGCGCUUCUCGACAGUGUAUGGACACCUGGACAGGUUCCCGCGCUUUCGCGAGAGUCGAGCGAGUAGUCCUCCGGGGGUUCGGGACUGUCUUUGUGCCAGUCGAGAUUUCAUCUUCUUUGGACGCGUUCAGAAGGCGGAUGGGUGGGCGCUUUGAGGAACGUCUUCCAGGGACUGUUUCUGAGGUGCCACAGAGAAAGACCUUUUUUGUCGCAUGUGAUGAAGAUCUCUUUCCUCCAGAAGACUCGAGAACGACAGGCGCGCAAGUGCGUCCUGUGCAACGCACAUCGCCGCAUGCAGACGGAGGCUCGCGUUUCGUCCAUUCUCGAAAGUGUCUGCCUUUUUCCCGAUGACAUCUCCUGUCGUCUCUCUGAGAACCGCUCUCCUCGGCUGCUCCACGAGCUCUCCCUUUGUCGUUCAGACACACUCGCCGUUCCUGUCUCUUCUACGGCAUCUCUCCCGUCUUCUCAGAAUCCUUUGGUCGUUUCGGC